GGAGAGAGACACACAGACAGUCUGAACUGAGCUGAGGAAACUAUUCUUCAUCCCAACAGGUGUCAGCGGGCAGAGAUCAUAUACCAACCACACAACUUGACUAUCUGCUGAAGCCAUGAGUUCUCUGAGCAGCUGUCAGACGCUCCUGCUGAUGGCCGUCUGCUGUGUUUUCUGCUGCAGGACUCUUGCACUGCCUGCCAUCUCUGCAUACCCUGACAUCAGAGCCGGUGCUCUUGAAGACGGAGAGGACGACUGGACAAGAGAUCCAUCACUACAGGAUCUGGAGGCGUAUAAACUCCUGUAUGAACUCACUAACACCGUUGAGAGACCAUCCAGGCACGCUGAUGGACUGUUCACGAGCGGAUACAGCAAACUGCUCGGCCAGCUGUCUGCUAAAGAAUAUCUGGAGUCUUUACUGGCCAAGAGAGUCAGUGAUGAGCUGGGUGUGGAGGAGAUGCCUGUGAAACGUCACUCAGACGCCGUCUUUACAGACAACUACAGCCGCUACCGCAAGCAGAUGGCGGCCAAGAAAUACCUUAACUCAGUUCUGGCAGGAAAACGGAGGUACGGCUCAAACCAAAGGUGAUGCACUCCUGCUAAAAGCGCUGCCUGUGCUCUUAAACAUGUGAAGACACAGACGACACAGCUUCAAGAUACCGCCAUUAUUAUACAUUCAAGCUUACACAAUCUAUAACAGGCUGAAAUUGAACCCACAGCACUGAAGGCGACGCAAACGGACUGAGAUGGGAUUGCGACUCUGGUGUGAAUGACACAGCCUGUUUGUUGUUGACUGGAAUAAUGCUGUUAUGUUCACUGAAAUCUAUUUGACUGCAGUCAUCCUUGAUAAUUGAAAUGAAACCAAGUCAAAUCAAUAAAA